GUUAAAAAGUGUCCGACAAGUAGGCUUUCAAGGACUGACAAAUAAGAGAAACCCUCUCACACACAUCUCCCCAUACACGUGAACCUUUCCGGUCGACGGAGACACAAACUGGUUAAGGACCAAGGACUAAGGAUGAACCUAAGCGCCAUCCUAAAGAAUGUGAGCAACAGUCUGGGCUUCGGAGCCACCACCGCCAACGACAACCAGAAGAAGGUGGCCAAGCGGUCACCGUUCACUUACCAAAAGAGUCCAUACUACAGCUCCGAAUCCACUUCGACCACUUUGAGCUCCACCAUUUCGAGUCCCAGUUCCAUAUCCGAUAGUACAACCACUCCCAGUUCCACUUCUCUUUCCGCCUCAGGCAACAGUCCGUUUGGGAAUCUGCUGCUCCCCUCCGAGGACGAGGAGCAACCAACUCCGAGCGACAGUCGUCUGGCCUCGGCGGCAGCUCAACUGUCGAAGAGCCGCCAUCCCUACAGGCAGAUCAUCGAGCAGAUCCUGCGCCAGGUUAGCGAACUCGAGCACACCCUCUUCGAGGACCAGCAGCAGGAGUUCAAGCUACGAAUGGCUCUCGAGCGACAGACGGAGCGCGUCCAGGAGCUGGCCUUCUCCCUGGACUCGGAGAAGCAGAGAAACGGACGACUGGUGCAGUUGCUCCGUGGAGUAGACACUGCCAGCUCCGGGGAGAGCGAGCCGGAGGAGCGAACUCUUAGCGGAUCCCAUGUCAAGUCGAUAGGGGAUCUUUACGAGUCCAUAAGUCCACUCCUCAUGCAGCAGCGCUACGAUGAACUCUCCAUAUCCCAUCGCCAAAGUCGCAGGCAACUGGCCAAGAAGGAGAAGGCCCUGAAGCUCCUCAAAUGCGAAAAGGAGCAGCUGCACUCGCAGUACGAUCAGCUAUUCGACGAAUACCGGAGUGAACAGAAGCGCUUCGAGAUGCUCUGCUCCCACUACAUUCAGAUGCAGAUGAAGAAAAAGCAGCAGAUCUUCAAUCUGAAGAACACACUGGGCUACGCCUCCGAGUGCAUCUACCACGCCCAGGCUGCCAUCGAUGAGUGUUGCCGGCGCUCCGGUUCCCGAAGCCCCAUUUCCCAGGAGAAUCUUCAGAAUUUCAGGAAGAAUCUGGACUGCUUUAUGGAUGCACUGAGGAGUUGCUGUUGCCUCCAAAAGGUGCACGAGUUGCAACAGCAACAGCUGCAGAAACAGGAGAAGGAGUUAAAAAUUGAUAAACAUAAAAAGAGAGAUCGGGAGGACAAGAAGGAUAUCGAUCAGGACUCUACACCCUCCAUAGCCAGCAGUGCCACUUACUUGGCGGAAUCAUCUGAUCUUUCGGCAGAGCGGGAGUUCCCAAAGCGAUCUCAUCAUGGCUGCCAUCGACGCCCAAGGCAUUCCAAUCGUUGAAGCUUCACUUUCAGUUACUCCUUGGCGUUAGGUUUCUUGUGAAAGGAUAGGAUUCUUUCUUCUUAUCCUGAAAAAAAUAGUUUCAUUGAAAACUAAGUUGAAAACUGAAAAAAAAAAUCAAAAAAUAUGUUUACACAAAUACAAAAAAAAUUAUUAAAAGUAAUGAAUGUUGUUAUGUUGUGAGGAAUAGUAAGGUUUUCCUAAAAGCUCCUAAUUUUUCCUAAUUUUAUUCUUGAGGAAUUGGAAAUAAAAUACAAAUAUUUAAAUAUUC